GGCUGCCUCGGUCGCCAUGGCAACCUCCGGGAAGUUCAACAAAGGAGGAAAAGGGCAGCGAUGGCCAGAACAAAUUGGGGAGAGAAGGGCGAGGGGAGCUUCAUUUUCCUCAUGCAUAUUAAAUUAAUCAAAGUUUCCUCAUGGACAAAACACUUCUUCUUUGGCUUCUGUCCCACUAUUUGUUUCAGGCUGUCAAGCUGACCUGCGUGAAGCCGCCCCAUUUUGUGGAGGUUCGUGUGGAAUUCGGUCAUUUCCCCCUCGGGGGGGAACCGGACCACUACUCGGUGACCUAUUCGAAUGGCAAUAACCAAGCGGGCUGGGUGAAUGUGACAGAUGUCAAAGGAUGUACUGCGAAGUGCAAGGUAGACAUCGGUGAUCUCUUGGAGCCGGAAGCCUACAACAUCAUCAUAAAAUCUAUUAAAAACAAAGUUGUCUUGGACACAAAGUCGAUUCAUAUAGACCCCAUACCGAGUUUGUCCCUUAGGACAGAAACGACCUCCACAAGUGCCGCAUUCACGUGGAGCCCCCAGGCUGGUGAACACACUGUGUCUUUCAGGCUCGACGGCCGCUCGUGGGCUGCGCCGCAGCACGAAACCUCAUACCGUGUGGCAGGCCUCCAGCCUGGCAAACUGCACCGUUUCACAAUGGAGAUUCGCACUCGCAUCCAGGCUCUGAAUGUCACGGUGACGCGGAAACAGGACGUGCCACUUCAGAUGGCACAAUGUCCUCCAGGCUGGGUCCACUUGGGCAGGAACUGCUAUCGGACCUGGAGGAAAGGCAAGGCAUGGUACGAGGCGGGGCGAGCCUGCCGGACAGCGGCCACAGGAGCUCACCUCGUGAACAUAGAGACGGAGGAGGAAUUCCUCUUCGUCACCUCUUAUCUGCAGAGCUUCAGCCCCUUGGUGCUGCUGUGGACCGGGCUCAGCGAUGUGGAGCAGGAGGGAGAUCUUAAAUGGACCGACGGCUCCGCAUUCAGCCUGACCAGCAUCGUGACAUCGUCGCUGCCACCUAACCAGACCGACUGCUUUGCCCUGCACAUGAAUGCCACUGGUCUCAGCUACUACUUCACCGGGUUCUUCUGCUACAUGCCUCUGCCUUAUAUGUGCCACUACAAAAUUCCAGGACCACCAUCAGACUUUGCCUUCAUGCUGGAGGAGGUUGGGGAGACAGAGGCUCAUUUCACAUGGAGCAGCCUGAGCUCCUGGCCAGCAACGGAGAGCAGGCCAGAGCUACUCCUUCAGUUCCAGGAUGAGGCAUCUGCAGACAAGCCCCACCAGAGAGCGCUGUUGUUUAACAUGACCGAGGUGGUCGUACAAGGAUUGUCACCUGGCCACGUGUACCUCUUCAGCCUCAUUGCCAAACAUCCCAGUGGAGCUAUAGCAGCGCUGGCCUCCACCCUGGCAGUUAUGACAAGGCCCAGUCCACCUGUUAACAUCACAGUAUAUAACGUCACAUCCAGGGAGAUUCCUCUGUACUGGGUGGCACCGGAUCUCUCCCACAAUGCCCUCUUCCACCACUACCUAGUCAGCUGUGUGCAUGUAGAGACAAGUGUGCGAAAGGUAGUGGUGGUGGAGAAUUACACCACAUCAGCAGUGAUCAGUGACCUGGAGCCCUACUGCUUGUACAGCAUCACUGUCCAGGCUGUGACUGCACGGGGUCUGGAGAGCUGCGUGGGCGCACCCCUCUCCAUCAUCACUGGCAAGUCUGCAUUGUGUUUAUUUUUGAUUGUCACCCAGUACCAUCAAAACAUUGUCUGCUCCUGUUUCUUCAGUUCAGCCCCACAUUCUGCUGGAUUCAGUUUGUUCGUCAGCAAAAUAAACCCUUCCCUGGUUAUUGUCAUGUGA